AUGGCGUCACUUGUAGAAUUUGAUCGGAUAGAGAAGAAAAUAUGCGAAAUAUUUCACGUUUUAGAGUUAACUGACUUUCAGAGAAAGGCAAUUAAGUCCAGUAUGAAUGGAAAGGAUGUUUUGGUUGUGUCAAAAACGGGAAGUGGAAAAUCAUUGAUAGUUGAAGAAGUACAUGCAAUUGACAAUAGAACAAAGGAUGCAGUCGUGAUAGUCAUUCUGCCGCUCCUUUCGAUAAUGGUUGAGCAAGUUGAGAAGCUGGUUGGACUUGGUUUUGCUGCCACGUAUAUCGGCAAGGACCAUGCAGAGGACAAAGCGAUACUAUCUGGACAGUUUGAUUUUGUAUACGGAAGCCCGGAGGAGCUGGCUGGAAACGGGAAGUGGCGUGACAUGAUGCUUGCUAUUCGCAGUAGGAUUUCGUUUAUUGUUGUUGACGAGGUUCAUACUGUUGUGAAUUGGGGUGAAUCUCAAGGGACAGAGGAACCUUUCCGGGCUUGGUUUAGCCACAUUGGUGAACUGCGAUCUCUUUGCCCUGGCACCCCACUGAUGGCAGGAACAGCAACAGCAAGUGUCGAAAAACGCAAGAAGAUAAUGGAUAGUCUUUACAUGAGUGUUUUGACAACCGAUGUGCUCGUUGACAGUCCAGACAGGCCCAAUAUAAAAUUGUCUGUGAAGUGUGUGAAGGCCACGCAUGACCUUCAGGAUACGUUUUGGUGGAUUGUGAAGCAUCUUAGUGACACCAUGCCCCAUUAUGUUAUAUUCUGCAAGACAAUCAAGGAUUGUAGUUUACUUUACAACACUCUGAAGCCAAAGGACAAUGAGACAACAGGACUAGUUCAAAUGUAUCAUUCAAAAACACUGCAUAGCAUAAAGGAUGAAAUCCGUACUACUUUGAGCAACGAAUCGGGCAAAGUGAGGCUAUUAGUGUGUACGAAUGCAGCUGGUAUGGGGGUCAAUUUCGCAGCUGUUAACAACGUCAUUAACUAUGGUCCCCCACAGGACAUGGAUACUUUCAUCCAGCAGAUUGGAAGAGCUGGUCGUGACGGUACUCAGGCUCAACAUCUGCUGGUUUACCACAAACACCAGAUGAAGAACCUCGAGAAGCCUAUGUUGGCUUAUGUUAAGAACACUGAACAUUGCCGGAGAGAAAAUCUUGUGGAAAGUUAUGGUUGCAAGAACAAUUCCAAACCAGUGGGGCAUCUGUGUUGCAAUGUUUGUAACGAGGAGUGUGAUUGUGGCAUGGAAGACUGUACAGAGUUAUUCAAUAUCGAGUUGAUUAACAUGCCACCAAGUGAUACGUUCGAGGAAGAGGAAGAGACCACUUUUCGUAGGAGUACUGAGAAACAGAGUGAUCAGUUGCAAGACUUGUUGCAGCAAUAUCAGAAGCAGUUGUCAACUGACUCCUCAGGACGUUUGCUUGCAAAUGAAACUGUGCAUGGAUUUUUGGAGCAACUCGUCGCUCAGAUUGUGGCUUAG